AGACGGAGAAGAAGAAGAAGAAGAUGUCGUCCUCCUCGCUGUGUCACCUGCAGGUAACUGCCGCCAUGUACUAACUGCUGUUGUGGUCCCUGUGCAGGUCGUCGGCGUGGAGUGUGGCUAUGGCGCCCAGCAAGCUAGCAAAGCAGUUGACAAGAACCCCUGGACAACUCUGGGACCGUUUGCUGGUGGACACAGACUCCAAGCAGAGGCGAAUAGAGGAGCUGCGGCAGCAGAUGGAGGAGAUGGAAAUGGGUGAAUGCACAUUCAAGCCACAGAUAAAUCCUCGCACUCGCGUACUCGUUCAGGAACGUCUUGAGGCCCUGAAACAGCACAAUAUUAAAUACCAUGAUCAGUUAUUCAAAGAUGCUGAGCGACGGCGACAGCGACAGGCAGAAUACUCUCAUUGGUAUCCAGAAGAGAUAACCUUCCAGCCAAAGCUGUACAAAAGGGCCAGGCUGAACAAUGAGGACGAGGAGAGGGAACAAGAGCCAGUGUUUGAGAGGAUGUAUAAGCUUGCACCAAAACUGAUGGAGAAGAAGAGGGCUAUGCGGGAUGCUAUAUUGAAUGGAGUAGAUCCAGAAACUGGCCAACCUUUCUUCAAGCCUGUAACUGGUCGUGCACCCACGUUUCAGAGAAAUACAAGCGCACUGCCGAUUGGUGAAUUCUUAUAUGGCAUGCGGUAUGACUUUGAUGAGAGGAAGGGGUUCAAGGCAGAGAGGGCGAGGCUGUUGACCGAUUCAUUGGCAAACAAACCGUACGCAGGCACAAAGUCACAAGCACUAUUGGAAAAGAUGAAGGAGAGGCGGUUCCAGCAAAUUUUUGAGUAUCUGGAUAAAGACCAGGAUGGAGCUGUGGCGUUGGAUUCAGCGGAUCUGGACAUGCUAGACCCAGAGCAUACCCGGUCCUCUCGCAAUUCUGCAAUCUUGCCAUUUAUCAGCCAAUUCCUGUAGAAUCUCUGCCUCUCCUUCUUACGCUGCUCUUCGUCUUCUGUCCAAGCUUGUUUGGUCUUCUGCCAUCUGCAGAGGAUCUCAGCUUGUAUCAAUGUUCUGGUUUCUCUCCACACCUUCUCCGGUGGGUUAGACCGCCCCUCAAUUGUCCUGCUGCAUCUCUCCUUCCAUAUGACCCAUAGGGUCACUUUCCUGAUGAGUUCAAACCAGAUCCUUUCUGCCUUUUGCGCCCCUCAGGGCCCCAGGGGGUACGAACAAAGAGGAAACAUGGGAGAGAGAAGGACAAGUUAGAGUAGGUGAAAAUACGGGUGAACGCGGGUUACAAAGGAAGGCUUUAUCGCAGGGGGGCGGAAGCAAAUCAAUGCCUGCCAAUGUC